UGCAUAGAUAAUAGACGCGGUUUUCUGAUAUAAGAGAUUAUUUUAUAUUUAUUUUCUAGAAUUUGACUUGGCAUUGUGAUAAAGCCGGUCGGCGCUGGCGCGUAGAUAUUUGACGAAAAUUCCCAGUAAAAAAUUGACAAGUGCUGUCGAAGUAUAUUACCGUCUCGCUCCAAUCGAACGUAUCAGAGAAGGAGAGACGUUGCCGUACAGAGGUGUGAGAUUGAAUCGAUAACGGAUCAACGUCCGUGGAAGGCCUCCUCGAACGAGACAGUUGUUAAAACUUCAGUGCUACAUCAGUGGUGAUUUGUAUAGUUUUUUCCAGAUUUGGAUUAAAUAAAAAUGGCUUCCGGAGUAACAGUAUCGGACGUUUGCAAAACAACAUACGAGGAAAUCAAAAAGGACAAAAAACAUCGCUACGUUAUUUUUUUUAUCAAAGAUGAAAGACAAAUUGAUGUAGAGGUUAUUGGAGCCAGAGAUGAGGAAUACGAUCAGUUCCUCACAAACCUACAGGCGGGUGGCGCGGGUGAAUGCCGCUACGGUCUAUACGAUUUCGAGUAUACCCACCAGUGCCAGGGCACAUCUGAGGCCAGCAAAAAACAGAAAUUGUUCCUUAUGUCGUGGUGCCCAGAUACCGCCAAAGUCAAAAAGAAGAUGUUGUACUCUAGCUCAUUCGACGCUCUCAAAAAAUCCCUUGUAGGCGUACAAAAGUAUAUCCAAGCAACAGACUUGUCAGAGGCCAGCCAGGAGGCCGUCGAGGAGAAGUUGAGGGCCACCGACCGUCAAUAAAUCAUUUGGUGGCGGCCCAACAAGUCGCAACCGCGUGUUCGCUUACUAUUAUUAUUAAUUUUUUUUUGUACGACUGUCAUCUACUCACGCACCAGCCCUUUAAGAGGUGUAUUAUUUAUAUAAGUAUUUGAUUAAUAAAAUAAAGCUUCAUUUUUAAAAAUUGUA